AAAACACCUGAAAUACCAGACAGUAAAACGCUUUCGGAAUGUCAGACCAGCCAGGACGAGAGCGAGAACAGCAGGAGAUUAAAGGUGCAGCAGGUUGACGAGACACCAGCAGAGCAGGAAAGGUGAAGAAGAGGUGAACCCCAUCCAUGGUUUGGAGACCAGCAUUGGCGAAGUUUAAAAACUGAACACUGUCAACAUGUGACACACAAUCUCACAUAGGACUGCUUCAUCAACAUGAAGCAGGAGCCAACUCAUGUUGUGGCAUCGGCACCUAACUGUGGCACCCUCAGAUGCUGCGACCUGCCGCGGGAUUACACAGUGAUGCUAUGGCAUCUGGAGAUGCCGCGAACAGGUCUGUGCUUAAAAGCGUCCAGUAAUGAACCUUUUUUCAAUACGAUAAAUAUCCGCGGCACUUCGGCCCAGCUCUUCGGAAGCCGUGAUAGCUCAUGUCGUCAUCCACCGAACUGCGGCUCACGCCAAACCAGGGCCGCUGAUUGGACUGAGCUGAUGGAAACCCUUCCCCGUCGCAGGGGUGACGUCAGUUUUCAGCGACUAAGGAUCCACCAUGGCUGAAUCAGAAACAAAAAAAGCGAUCAAGUUGGUUCCAGAGUAUCUUCUAAAAAAGAGGAAAACAUACCAGGCCCUCAAAGCCACACAAGCCAAACUCGCACUGCUCGAGAAGAGAAGGGUAUCUAAAGGGAAAAUCAAGUUCAAGCGUUUAGAAGAGUUUUUAAAGCAAAGCCACACACAGCGACGGGAUGACACUCGCAUCCGAAGGGCUCAGCAGAGACCCCCUGAACCUCUGCCUCCAGCCAAGAACAAGCUCGCCUUUGCUGUCCGCAUCAGACAGAUUAAAGGUGUCAGUCCUAAAGUGAUGAAGGUGAUCCAGAUGAUGAGGCUGAGGAAGAUCUUCAGCGGGACCUUCGUCAAAAUUAACAAGACCUCCGUCGCCAUGAUGAAGAUGGUGGAGCCUUAUGUGGCCUGGGGAUUUCCCAACCUGAAGUCAGUUCGUGAGCUCAUUCUGAAGAGAGGUCAGACCAGGAUAGGCAGGAGGAGAGUUCCCCUCACAGACAACACCUUCAUUGAGCAGCACAUGGGUAAACAUGGGAUCAUCUGUUUGGAGGACCUGAUCCACGAGAUCUACUCAGUUGGGAAGAACUUUCGAGCUGCCAACAACUUCCUGUUGCCUUUCGGGCUGUCAGUGGCUCGUCAUUCCAUGAAAGACAAAGCUGGGCUGCUGAAGGACCUGGGAAACCCGGGAUUCCGCAGCACAGAUAUCAACGUAAUCAUCAGACAGCUGAACUGAGGAGGAACGUGCAAGAUGGACGAUGGGACACUGGGCUGGCCGCCAGUUUCGGGAAAGCUUAUAUCUGUUGAAGAGCAGUUGCCAACAAUUUCUCUGGCAGAGAAGCUCAUAUUACUCCUUCUGUGGAGUUUUGUUUUAUCCAUGUUGUAUGAAUCAUAACUUGUACUCCUGACCAUGGACUGAAUGAAGCAGCUGUUUCUCUGUGGUGAAAAUGUAAAGUAAUAAACUUGACACAUUAAUAUUCUUCAGGUUUUCUGAGGAACAGUCAACACUUGCUACUUAUGCAAGGCCAGCAAUGAAAUGAUGGAGGGCCGUCCUCCGUGCUGAAGCCACCAGCCCACCUGCUAUAAACUCAUUUACUGGGGUCUAACUUUGAGUGUCAAAAGGUUUAAUGUGUACAACAUGUACAACACGCAUUCAAUCAUUGGUUUAUGUUAAUACAGUUUGUUUUACAAUAAAAGUAAAGACUGUUCCAGCAA